UUUGCACCGGCCAAAACAUACCCGCCCAGGCGCCCACCCUGCAAUCACGGAAGGGAACUCAGGCGGCCGUUGGCACCGCUGCGGACCCAUGCGAGGAGGACGAUGAUUCCCGGUUUGUCGAGCGAGGAGUGCGGCAAUCGCGGAUCCUCUCUUCCCACCCUUCCUUCUCUGCGCCCGCCUCCUCUGCCGACGAAAUCCCGCACGGCCACACCUUCCAUCCCCCAGCGCCCCAUGGUGAUCCCCCCUCGCGCGGCCUCUCGGCGGCCGCGGCUUUGGCGCGGCGGCGCCUCCGAGCGAGCGUCGCGCGGCCUCUCGGCGGCGGCGGACCCUCCCUCGCAGGGAGCGCCGUUAGCGGCCCGUCCGCCCCUCCCUCGUGUGCCGGGAGGUGCGGCUGCUCCUGCUCCGGACAGCUGCCGCGAGGUGCCCCUGUUUGCCGUCGCACCGACCCCACGCCGGCCCCAGAGCUUCAAACCAUUGCAGCGCAGUUACCUGAUGAACCAACGAGGCAGCAAAAACGAGAUGCGAUGGAGCUGUCCUAGCGGAUCAGUUUUGUAUAAAGCCCAAUCCCAGGAUGAGGAUGCUCUUGUUAAUGCGGCAGCAAAUUUACAUAUGGUUCUUGUCAGCAGUAACGGAAAUAAUGCAGAAACUCACUUCAACCGGCGAGUGAUGCGAUAUGAGAUACUUGACAUUCUUGAGUUCACAUCUGAUCGGAAAAGAAUGUCUGUUGUCGUUUUGGAUUGUCAGAGUGGCAAGUUUUUUCUCUUGUCCAAAGGCGCUGAUGAGGCAUUGCUUCCUUGUGCCUAUUCCGGUACUUUGUGAUAGGCUUGGAAUAGAAACAACUGCAGAAAUCACUGUAAUUGAAGUCUUACAACCAAACGUGUAUACGCAACCAAGUGAACAGGUGCAAUUCCUUACUGUUUCCUCUAUAUUGCUAUGUACAUUCUCUCUAAGCAAAUCAAUUGUGGUAUUGUCAUUGUCAUAUAUUUGUAAAAAACUACAAUUCUUCUACAUGCUUGAUACCUGUACACCUUCUUAAGGCACAAACGAAUUGCCCCCUGCUUUGUUUGUUCAAUUAAAAGGUUGCAGUCUUCUGAACA